CUCCAGUGGCCUUACCAUCCUCUCUUCAUAAUCCAAUCUCGUUGAGCAUCCUUGCACAUCUUUCCAAUCAUGUCUACCACCCCCGCCCCCGCCAACGUGAGAAUGCCCUGGACUCAGUUCUACUGUACUGAAAAUACCCCUUGCCCAGUUGAGGGAACCGUCUGCCAUGCUCGCAAGUACUGUAUCCCCAACUUGAAGCAGGGUGAGGCCUGCUACGAUUCCAAGGACUCUGUCCCUCCAUUCGUUGCCCGUGUCGACAACGUCUACACCCUCUUCUGCGACAUGCCUACUGAGAUCAAGGCCCAGAACGUCACCUGCCCCUUGGGAUGCGAGAAGUGGGAGGACUGCCACGGCAAUAUUUGCAUGAUCAAGAAGUGCAAUGCAGCCCAGUCUGCCUGCAGAGCCGGUAAUGAUGAAAUGUGCAUGGGCGUUCUCCGCGAGGAGACCUUCUGCUACGACCCUUUGAUGCACGGUAGCAAGCCCAUUACGAUUCAAGGGGAGAAGGGUCUUUCGAGCUCCCAGAUCGGCGGUAUUGCUGGAGGUGUCUCUGCUGCCGUCGUUGUCCUCGCUGCCGUUGGUGCCUUCUUGAUCCGUCGUCGCCGUGCUGUCAAGGCUAAGCAGGCUUCCCAACAGUCUUUGCCUUCCUACUCUGCUCAAGAUGAGAAGAGCGCCAUGCAGCAGGCCACCACUGCUUAAAAAAAAAAAGUAGAGAGAGUAGUCAUACACUUCAAUAAUUAACUCGUACAUAUAAAUUGUGAAAUAGUUGUAUAGCGACCAUUAUUUUUUUUUUCUUC